UGGCCGGCCGCAGCGGGUAGUGGAGCCUGUUUGUUCUGCUCGAGUAGCACCUCAAGUCGGAGUCUGUAAGGAGCGGAAGGGCUGAGGGACGCCUUCCCCGUGCCGCCCCCUCCCCAGCAGAACCGUGGCCCCCUCCCCGUCCUCGCACUGAGAACUGUGGGUACCGAUGGAUGUGGCUGAGAGCCCUGAACGGGACCCUCGCUCUCCAGAGUUCGAAGAGGAGGAGCAGCAAGGACUCUUGGAUGGUGACAUUCUGAGAGAACGUGGGUCUGAUCAGGAUUUGGACAAAGCUGCAGGGAGGGCUUCUGAUUUGGAGGAUGAGGAAAAUGCUGCCCUGGGACUGAGCCAGGAGGAAGAGGAAAGUCGCUCUGAUGAGGAGGAUCAGGACCAGGACUCUGAGCCUCAGGAGCUGAACAGGGGCCCUACGAGCCCCCCUCAUGCAGAGGAAGGGGAUGGGGGGGAGGAAGACCGCACAAGUGAUCUGAGGGACGAGGCCUCCUCGGUCACCAGGGAACUGGACGAGCAUGAGUUAGACUAUGAUGAGGAGGUCCCCGAAGAGCCAGCCCCCACUGGGCAGGAGGACGAAGCAGAGAAGGCUGGGGCAGAGGAGGAUGAGGAAAAGGGAGAAGGAGCUCCCGAGGAGGAGGGAAAGGCCGAUGUCCACAGUGUGGAAGAAAAGGAGCCCCUGGAGGCAGCCAAGGAGACAAAAAAAGAGGAUGACGACGACGGAGAGAUUGAUGAUGGGGAGAUGGAUGAUGAUGAUCUGGAAGAGGGCGAAGUAAAGGACCCCAGUGACAGGAAGGUGAGGCCUCGUCCCACCUGCCGAUUCUUCAUGAAAGGGAACUGUACCUGGGGAAUGAAUUGUAGGUUUAUACACCCUGGAGUCAACGACAAGGGCAACUACUCCCUAAUCACCAAAGCCGAACCUUUCCGGCCUAAAGGUGCCCCACCUCUCGGACCUCACCCACUGAUGCCUGCCACCCCUUGGGGUGGGCCCGAAGUUGAUGAAAUGUUGCCUCCACCCCCUCCAGAACCCCCCACAGAGAGUGCCUGGGAACGAGGACUUCGGCGUGCCAAGGAGGUUUUAAAAAAAGCAACCAUUCAAAAAGAAGGGGAGCCUGAUUUUGAAGAGAAAAGGUUUACUGUGACCAUUGGUGAGGAUGAACGGGAGUUUGACAAAGAAAAUGAAGUUUUCCGAGAUUGGAAUUAUCGGAUUACAAGAGAUGCCAGAGACACAACACUUGAGCCUUAUGCAGAUCUUUAUUAUGAUUAUGAAAUAGACAGGUUCUGGCGUGGCGGGCAGUAUGAGAAUUUCAGGGUGCAAUAUACAGCAACAGAACCGUACCAGAAUUACCGGGAACAGGAAAGGGAAAGAGAGCGAGAGAACAGACAGCGGGAGCGAGACCGAGAACGCGACAAGGAGCAGCGGCGGAAGAAAGAGGAGUGGGAGCGAGAGCGGGCCAAACGGGACGAGAAGGACAGACGGCACAGAGACAGAGACAGAGGGAAAGAGCUACCAGAAUUACCGGGAACAGGAAAGGGAAAGAGAGCUAGAGAACAGACAGCUGGAGCGAGACCGAGAACGCGACAAGGAGCGGCAGCGGAGGAAAGAGGACCACCAAGCCGACAAGCUGAGCCACCCAAGAAGGAGGCAGUCUCCGCUGGGCCAUGGGUGAAGCGAGCAGAGGAGUGGAAAGACCCUUGGCGCCGGUCCAAGUCUCCCAAGAAGAAACUUGGUGCAUCGGUCUCCCCUAUCCAUGCACGAAGGCAUCGAAAACCGUCAGCCUCAUCCGCCUCUGCCUCCCAUGCCUCCAGGUCGUCCUCAUGGUCCUCCUCCUCCUCUGGCUCUGGCUCGUCAAGGUCCCAGUCCUUUUCCUCCUCCCCAUCCCCCUCUCCAACGCCUUCUCCACACAGACCUGCUGUCAGAGCCAAGGGGGAGCCAGCUCUGCCUCCUGGGAAAGCAGGAGAGAAGAUGGUGAAGAAACCAGCCCCCAAGACCCCUGCCCCCACCCCUGCGCCUGCCCAGCCAGGAGGCCCUCGGGAAGCCAGGAGGAGGGAGCGCCGAGCCAGGAUCCCCCCCAGGAGGCGGCCCAUCGGGGGCAGUGGCAGGGGCAGCAGCUCCAGCGGCUCUCGUUCCAGAUCCAGGUCCUUGGGCGUGAGCAGCGUCUCCUCCGUGUCCAGCGCCACGUCCAGCAGCAGCAGCAGCAGCUCGGUGCACAGCCUGGGCUCGGACGACAUGUACGCAGACCUGGCCAGCCCUGUGUCCCCGGCCAGCUCCCGGUCCCCCACCCCAGCCCAGGCCAAGAAGGAGAAAGCAGGAAAAUCUAAAAGAGAAGAUGGCGUGAAAGAGGAUCAGCGGAAAAGGGAUGCAUCCACACGGCCACCCAAAUCCUCCAAAUCGUCCACAGGCAGGAAAUCCUCCCAGCAGCCCACAGCUCCCCAGCGGGCACCCUCUGGGCAGCCCCCGCAGGGCACAUGGGUGGCACACAAGGAGAUCAAGCUGACGCUGCUGAACAAGGCCGCUGAUACAGGGAGCAGGAAGCGAUCUGAGCCCUCAGACAAGGACAGGCUAAGCCCUCCUCCAGCCAAGCGGGCCCACGUCUCCCCAGACCGAGGUUCUCGGGGCCGGACGUCAGGGGGGAGAUGGGGCUCUCCCAGGCCAGGACGGCAGAGACGCCAGGAUGCCAAGGCUCCCGUGGCCCUGCCAGACAGGAAGCGUCCACUGUCCCCCCAGUCCAAGAGCUGCAGCAAGGUCACCAGUGUGCCUGGGAAAGCCUCAGACGCCUCCACGGGCACCAAGUCAGGGAAGGCCAACACGCUGUCGAGGCGGGAGGAGCUCCUAAGACAGCUCAAAGCCCUGGAGGACGCCAUCGCUCGCAAGCGGGCCAAGAUUCGCGGGAAAGUGUAA